AUGUCUUUCUUUGGUGGAAAAUGCAACUCCGGACCAAUUUUCUCCGCAAAUCUCCGCCCUAAAACUUUAUCUUUAGUCGCAAAAAGAUCAAGAUCGAAAUCUAUAUCGAAAUCGAAAUCUGCAUCUGCAUCUAAGGCCCAAAGCCCACGGCCCAAACCUCAAACCUCAAGGCUCAUAGGUCAAAUGCUUUGA